GGGAGCCUCACAGAAGACCUACUUUCCACAAACUCGGGGAGAAACUUGAACAAGCGAUGGCUAAAUGCAGCACGAGUUAUGAGUCGGAAUAUCAAAUGGGAGUCUGGCUUGGAUCUGGAUGUGCAGGGAUGCAAGGUGAGCCAAGGCUGCAGAGUGAGAGUGCAAAGUGGAUCCCGCAGGAGUGAACGUGGAGGAGAGGACCAUCAGAAACUGAGCAACACGUUUACUUGAAGCAGCAGGAGCCGCUGAGGGGCCCGCACGCUCGGAUGCAUUUAUCACUGGAUACCAUGAGCAUGGUGGACGACAGCUGCCUCUCGCCCAGCAACUUCCACGACUUGGCCAAAGGCGGAGGCGUCACGGUGGGGGGCCACGUCCACAGCAUCGACGUCAUUCUCGGAUUCAGUAAAGAUCAGGAUUCCCUGCUCGGCCCCGCCGGGGUCCCGGGGCCUCAGAAGGUGGGCGUGGAGGGCCUGGAGGAUCCUGGGAAGCAGCACGAGUCCCACCCGUCCUACAGUGGCCACCUUCAAGACAAUGGCUCCGCGCAGCAGCACCAGUAUCAAGAUGGCGAUCUGUUUACCAACAAGUGCGAGGAGGAUCUAAGGAAGAGCGUGGAGAGCGACGAAGCCAAGUCACCCGAGCCGUGCAAGGACGAUCAGCCCAAGAAAAAGCAUCGACGCAACCGCACCACGUUCACUACCUACCAGCUGCACGAGUUGGAGCGUGCCUUCGAGAAGUCCCACUACCCUGACGUGUACAGCCGCGAGGAGCUGGCCAUGAAAGUCAACCUCCCCGAAGUCCGAGUUCAGGUGUGGUUUCAGAACCGAAGAGCUAAAUGGAGGCGUCAGGAGAAAAUGGACGCCAGCACCAUGAAGCUCCACGACCCGCCCAUGCUGUCCUUCAACCGCCCGGCACCGGUCCACACCACCAUGGGACCCAUGAGCAACUCCCUGCCCUUGGACCCGUGGCUGACUUCCCCCUUGUCUAGCGCCACGCCGGUCCACAGUAUCCCAGGCUUCAUGAGCCCGGCGCAAGGCCUCCAGCCCAACUACCCCGGCCACGGCUUCCUCAACUCCAACCCGCACCCGUCCAUGGGGCAGGGAAUGCAGAGUAUGGCGCCGCCCCCUUAUCAGUGUCCGGCGCCGUACCCCGACAAGUUCCCGCUGGAGGACUUGGACCAGCGCAGUUCGAGUAUUGCCGCACUGAGGAUGAAAGCCAAGGAACACAUCCAGUCCAUGGAUAAAACCUGGCUACCCAUGUGACCGGCGACGACUAGUGACACUUAGCGUGAUGGCAGGGACGUUACCCACAAUACGAAGGAAAAUGAGGAUUUCGAGACUUUCUUAUUACAUUUUUAUUACCGUAUUUCUUUUCUUUUAUACAUCUCAAGGACAAAGUGGAUGAGUGAUAUGUUUAUGAACUGCCCUAUUGUUUUGAAAGUGGGGCCAUAUUUGCCAUUUCCAUCCGAUGUACUUUCUGCUUUUCAUUUGUUACUCUUAAUCACCUUGCUCUUUGUUCUUUCAUCCCAAAUUGUGUUUUUUUCCCCCAACGAUUUAAACCCAAUUGCCAAUUUAUUAAUGAGCUAAUCAAAGUGAUAAGUUUUAGAGCCACACUGAGAAAAUGAAUUUUGUAACACUUCAUCCCAAUUUUUAAAAAGUGAGAUAUUCAUAUACAGGUAGUCCCCGGGUUACGAACGAGUUCCAUUCCUACGCUAGCGAAGUAACCCGAAUUUCCGCGUAAGUCGUCGUUAACCCUUUAAGUACCCCUAAAUUUUAAAAUAACUAUUCAAAAACAUGUAUUAUAUGUCAUUGUACUGUCCUCGCCAAGACAUUGGAGCUAAGUCCUAACUAGACAGAGAGCUAAGCUCUGAAAUGAUGUCGGCCGUCCGUGUGGUCUGCUGACUUUAUUCAGCUGCUAAUGACAUAACACUUGCAGAAUGAAACGAAAAUAAAAAAAUGAAAUUAACUCGGUCAAUAACAGCAAUUCAAAUUUGCAUAGCUGCUGAUACAGCAAUAACAAUCCACAAAAACGAUUAGCAUGUAUCAGUUAGCGUCUGCACAUCCUCAAAAACAAUCACAAAGUCGCCCCAAGUAUUUGACCACAGCUGAAAACGCACAGUACAACAGGUGUAUAUACAGAUGUUGCCUUUGUGGAUGCUCCACAAGCAAAAAAAAAAAAAAAAACAGAAAACGACUGGAGACAAAAUGGUGGACGAGACACCGUCGUCAUAAAGUCGAAAUCACACAACUCGAGUUCAUUGUAAACUGGGGACUGCCUGUACAGUAUUGCAACCUUGUUUUCAUGAAUAUAACAGAGGGUUUUUUUUUUUUUUUGGUAAGCUUUUUAAUUUUUGACCAAUUUAUCUCAAAAUAUAUUUCUUGAAAUUUUGGGUGGGAAUAGAUGCGUUUUUUUCUUGAUGAAAAAUUCUUGAAGAUAUCUUUUCCCUGUGUUUCCUCCGCCUUAAAAAUUCCAACCUUUUUUAAAUGAGUUUUACACAGUUUUAAUAUCAUACCAAGGGCGUAGGUUUGCAUAGGGACGGUAGGGACAUAACACUAGCAACUUUUCAGGAAGCUUAAAUUGUCCCCACCAACUUUUAGCCAACCUUAUUUGUAUUAUGUACAGUGAUCCCUCAUUUUUCGCGGUUAAUGGGACCAGAACCCGCCGCGAUUAGUGAAAAAACGCAAAGUAGCGCACACCCACCCCACCCCCAAAUUAAAAAAAAAAAAAAAAAAAGUUUUAAUUUAUGUCCAAUGUAUUUAUUCAGAUUUAACAUUUGAAAUUCAUACAUGUAAGACG